GCUUCGCUUUUACUUAUGGCUUGAGGUGUACUACCACCGUGCAGCGGUUCUUUAACAUUAGCUCGUUGCUAACCGUCAACGAGCCAGAACAGAGAAUGCUAACUAGCUCAAACUUAGCUAACGUUAGCUCUCAAAUGGGUAUUCACCAAAUGCAGUGCAGUAACCCGGAUCUUUACAGUGUUCUCAGCCACAAGCAAGGCUGAAGCACGCCGGGACACGGGGGAGGACAUGUAACCGCCCGGGCUGAGAUUCGGCGUGUAUUCGGCACCAGUGGGGCAACAGUAACCAGCAGACCAGUCAAACGUUACGUAACUAUUCUGCAGCUGACCUUGACCCCUGACCUCCCCAUGGAAAGUUAAAGACCCAGCCAUUCCGUUUGUGUAAAUAGCAUAUUGACCCUGAAUACCAGCCCAGACCGAUUGGAGAAUUGAAUGCCGCUGUGGUCAGCAUGGCCUCCAGCUUCGCUCCUCCAAAACUGUCCGACUUCAUCCUCACGGAGCGGCUGGGCAGCGGGACCUACGCCACAGUCUACAAAGCCUACAGGAAGGGGGACAGUCGGGAGGUGGUGGCGGUGAAGGUGGUCGGGAAGAAGACUCUCAACAGGGCGUCUACAGAAAACCUGCUCACGGAGAUUGAAAUCCUCAAGACGAUGCGCCACCCUCACAUAGUCCAGCUGAAGGACUUUCAGUGGGAUGCCGAGAAUAUUUAUCUGAUCAUGGAGUGGUGCUCUGGUGGAGAUCUUUCCUGCUUCAUACGCAGCCGCAGGAUUUUGCCUGAGAGGGUGGCCCGGCGCUUCCUGCAACAGAUAGCCUGCGCCCUCCAGUUCCUUCAUGAGCGAAACAUCUCCCACCUGGACUUGAAACCUCAGAACAUUCUGCUCAGCGGCUCCGUCCUGAAACUAGCAGAUUUCGGUUUUGCCCAGUACAUGUCACCAUGGGAUGAGCAGAGUGUCCUGAGAGGGUCCCCUCUUUACAUGGCCCCUGAGAUGGUGUGCCGGCGGCAGUACGACUCCAGGGUGGACCUCUGGUCAGUCGGGGUCAUUCUCUAUGAGGCACUGUUUGGGCGAGCACCUUUCGCAUCAAGGUCGUACGCUGAAUUGGAGGAGAAGAUCCGGAGUAACCAACCUGUCGAGCUCCCUCCAGGGGUCGGGGUAUCCAAGGACUGCAGAGACCUUCUGCUGCGGCUGCUGGAGAGGAACCCAGAUGCCCGGAUCACCUUCGCCGAGUUCUUCGGCCACCCUUUCGUGGACAUGGAGCACAUGCCGAGCGCCGAUAGCCUGGUGAAAGCGAAAGAGCUGGUGACGCAGGCCGUUCAGAAGGACCAAGAGGGGGAGUGGGCCGCCGCACUUUCCUUUUACUGCAGCGCCCUGGAGCACUUUGUCCCCUCCAUCCACUAUGAGAUGGACCAACAACGUAAAGCCGCCCUCAGGCAGAAGGUCCGCCAGUAUGUGUCCAGAGCCGAGGAGCUGAAGGCCCUGGUGGCCUCGGACAACAGGCUGAGCUUUGAGGAGGCGCGCACCGCCAGGGACGUCCUCCGAGAAAUGUCUCGAGACCAACCUCGGCUACUGGCUGCUCUGGAGGUGGCCUCCGCUGCCAUUGCUAAGGAGGAGAGCGGAGGAGAUGAUCUCGAGGCCCUGGACGUGUACCAACAGUGUUUAGGAGAACUGCUGUUGGCGCUAGCAGCCGAGCCCCAGGGCCGCAGGAGGGAGCUGCUCCACAGCGAGAUUAAGAGCCUCAUGACCAGAGCUGAAUACCUCAAAAAGCACAUCAAGAUGCAGGAGACUCAGAGGGAUGCGUCUCUGGACCGAGAACAUCUGGCGGACUCCGUCCGAGGCUCUUGCUGUCUGCAGUAAACUGCACGGCCACCAGGGGAAUCUGGGCCGGGAGCCCGAGCGGAGCAUCACGCUGCCUUCACCUGACCAGGUUUCUGUCGGGGCCAAACUACACCCUCAUCACGCCUCCCCUUCUCCAUCUCCCCCCUCAUGCACUCCCCCACUCGCUGUCCGGGUGGGAUGUCACAGCUGCCAGCCCCAUGCAGCCAAUGUUCCGGUUGUUACUGGCACGAUGAUCAUUUGGCGGGUUGUGAACUUGUGUUUAUACUGUGCAAAGGAACAAAGUUUGCAUGUUAAAAUACUGAAAGUAGCUCUUGAUUUCUAGAUUUGCACACUGGUGAAUGUGAGAGCUUCCUGCUCUUUCCCCGGCUCAGGCCUCCAUCCCUCCUCCCCACACGCCAUUCAUAUGUAAAUGUCCGACAGCUUGUGUGACAAUGCCACACUGUCAUGGUAAAACGAGUCAACACACAGGCUGUGGCAUUUAUUGCCGCGAGAAAAAAAAAAUACAACAACCGAAAAAAAACAGUCAUCCGGCCCUGGAAAACUGUGGAACCCGUCGGCAAAACACAAUCAAAUGGAAACUGUGGCGUGAUAAAGCGUCGCGCCGCUGCUGGAGCGCCGCGUGGGGUACAUUGCACAUUGAGGCCUCUGCAAACACGCACGUACUCCCCCCUCCUCCCCCCUCACCCCCUCACCCCCUCGCUCCCCCGUCCCCGCUGCCUUUGCUGUGGGCGGACCGCAGGCUCACCAUCCUCUCCCCGCUGCCGGAGCCCUCUCCACCACGAUGAGGGGAAAACUGGAGAGGUGCGGCCUCGGCCUUAUUUACACUGGACUCGCAUUUUCUUAGGUUUGGCACCGGCCGGGUAUGUGAGGGAACCGGCGGGUUGGGAAAGCCUUCAUAACUGGGCCUCUGUGAGAGGGGAAAAAGAGGCUCAGCAGUCGCUGUUGUAGGUCUUCACACACACACACACACACACACACACACACACACACACACACUGUUUUGAUUUCAGACAAGUAAAGUGCAUGAACACCAAGAAGAGCUUUAGUUUUGGGACGGCAGGAAGUCAAAAGGAGCAAAAUGUGUCUGCUGAUUCUCCAAAUCACUGUGUUGUCUUGUUUUUUUGUGUGUGUUUAUACAGCUGUGAUUUUUAUAUUGUAUGUAUUUAUUCAAUGGGAGAUUCAGUGGAAAAAUAAAACCUCCGCAGCGUGUUUUUCAGCAGCGUCCAGGUCGGUCUCCCAGAGCUCAUGGAAAGAUUCAUGUGCUGCCGUUGGUCCCUCGUCAUCAUCUGGACGGCAGCUCGGCAGGAGCAGCUGGCUCGUGUCCACGGAGGGGGUGUAUGGACGUUGUUAAUUGUAUGAUUCAUUCAGAAGUUCUGUAGAAUUGUGAAAACUGUAGAAGCUACACCAAGAAUUCAAUAACAAGUACAUACGUUUAAUAUAUACUUACUACUGCAGUUGCACUUUUGAUUUUGCUUAUUUUGUUCUCCAGACGAGAGGAAAGUACGGUGGAAAUAAAGCUUCUACAAACAAACUGAAAA